GGGAGAGGACGGCUUCUCACUGUCCCGACACUACCGUACAUUUCUCCCUGCAGAUGACGGAGUUCCCUACAUCACCAGCCAGACUGUCCCACCAACUCCAGGAAGUGACUACACGUUACCUAUAAUCUAUGCAACAUCAGAGCAAGUGUGCGUGUUGUGCUGUACAGAAAUCUAUGAUUUUAAUCCAUGGAAAUAUUAUCUGAGUAUUCUAAAGGGAAGGAGAAGUCUUGAGAGCUCCUUAAACCUUCAAAAUGAUUUGUUAUUCGCGAUUUAUAAGAUAAGAUGAAACAUGUGUUGGGUUUGUGAGAGUUGGUAUGUCGUGUUGAGGCGUCGCCUGCCAGCCUGACCAUGUCAACACACUCGCCUCCGUCUUACCCAUAAGCAGAUGUGACACAGUGUGGAAAAUGUGACGGAUAGACGGAGAGAAGUGUGAUAGACAGCAGUGACUGAGAGGGCUGUUGGCUCUCCCGCCUCCCGUCAACGCCCCCGACACUACCCGUCCGUAGACGGCCGGAGCUCAGCCCCCACACUCAACAUGGGACAGAGAGCCAGAUAUUUCCAGCAGGUGGCGGUGUGGGUGUGUGUGAUGGCAACAACCAUCGCGCCAUCUCCAGGGGACCAUCAGGAGGACGGAGCCGUCAUGGAGGAGCUGGCAGGAGACGUCAGCGUGGAGGGCAGUGUGGAGGUGCGCAGUGACCCCGGCGAGGAUGCAGGGGCGUCUCCCUGCCCAGCCUCCUGCUUCUGCGAGGAAGAGGCGGGCUACGCCACGUGUGUGGGUGACGGACAGUGGGCACCCCCGACGCUGCCCGCUGGUCUCACGCGCGUGGAGCUGCGCGGCUUCUUGGUGCCGGAGCUGGGAGCUGCGCAGCUGCAUCACCUUCCUGGCCUCCGCGAGCUGCAGCUCAAUCAGUGCAACCUCUCCAGACUCUACAAUGAUGCCUUCGCGGCCAUGGCCGAGCUGGACCGACUCGACUUGUCGGAAAACCGUCUGGGUGUGCUCGGACCUGACUCUUUCCGCGGUCUGAGAUCGCUCCGACACCUGGACUUGUCGGCGAAUCGUCUAGCGAACCUGACCCAGCCUUUCACUCACUUGCCGACGCUUCAGCACCUCAACCUGCGGGACAACGCUCUCGUCAGUCUGACGCAAGACACGUUUCAGGGUCUAGACCGGGUUCAGUACGUCAAUCUUGACGCCAAUAAGAUAGUGUGGGUUGAGGUGGCAGCGUUCCAGCACCUGACCAGCCUGGCGCACCUCAUACUCUCCAACAACCCCCUCGCUACUCUCGCCACACUCGACUUCUUCGGCUCUCGGCUGCAGUACAUCGAUGUCUCCAACAUCGGCAUCAGCCGGGUGCCGCAGGCGCUCACACAGUUCGUCAGGGACCUCCGCCUGGCUAAAAAUUCCAUCAGAGAGAUUCAUCGCGGCGACCUGGACUCUUACCCUUACCUUGGUCUCUUAGUCCUGGACGACAACGCUCUGGAAGUCCUGGAAGAGGACGCGCUAGGUCGCCACGAGUACCUGGCUCGUCUGUGGCUCAACGGCAACAAGCUCAAAACUAUUCCCCUGUCUCUUCCUCCCGCCCUCCGUGCGGUCUACAUCGAGGAGAACCUCAUAACGGCACUUCAUGAGGGCGACUUCAGAGUCCAGUCCAACUUAGAGCAGUUAUUUCUUCAGCGCAACCACAUCGCCGCCAUCGCCCCGUGUGCGCUCUGCGAACUAACAAGCCUCAAGACCCUCGACCUACAAGCCAACCGGUUGACGAACCUGACGGGUCGAGUGUUCUCCCGGCUAGCAAGCCUCGAGACCCUGGACCUCUCACAGAACCCGAUACUGACGCUGGAGGCCGACGUCAUGGCGGGACUGACGUCCGUGCGAGUCCUGCAGAUGUCUCGCAUCCACUCGCUGUCCGUGCACAUCCCGGACACACUCUUCGACCCGCUGAAGGGCCUGCAGGUGCUGGAGAUGUACGGGUCGCCGCAGGUGGUGGCCAAGUUGGUCAACACCACCAGGACGCUCCACUCCCUCAGGGGCAUCAGGGAGCUCAACAUCAUGCACAACGACCUCUCAGCUCUCCGGCCAGACUUCCCGGCGUUCUUCCCCAAGCUUCAGGUUGCCAAGCUCAGUGGCAACACCUGGGACUGUGGCAGCCAGGCCAGGGUCAUGUGGAUGAAGAGGUGGAUGACCCACUCCCCGGUCCACUUCUACAGGUCCUACAGCAUCAGGUGUUCGACACCUGUGACCUUUGGCUACAAGCCUGUCAUGCUCCUGGAGGAGAACGACUUUCCUGCCACCACUGCUCCAGUCCCAGUCACCAGCAGCAAAAUGUCAACCACCACUAAUGACGUGAGUGCCACGACCUCCGUGACUACCACGACCGUUCACGCCACCACUCACAGCAUAGAUAAUACGACCACAGCGUCAUCUCAGGACGGAGAGGAUGCUACGAGCGCCCUGUUGAUCUACGAGGCUGAGAAUGUUAACGAUUCAUUCUCAGCAGUGGUUAACGGGUCGACGCUUUGGGUCAAUGAUAUGGUGAACGAGUCGACAGUCGUCCCAGAGAAUGUUGCUGCAGGCGUCGAAAUGCUGCGACAGGACGAGAACACUUCGGUAAUUAGCACCGUCACAUUCCAUCCUGAUGGGGACCUGUCCACAACCCCUGCGUUAGGAGACUUCACCAGGAGCGAGCAGUCGACGACAGCAGUGGUGACAGCGGCGGGCUUGGGACACCUGACAGCCAUAGACAGAAACACUGUUGGCACCGCCGCUACUGUCUCGCCAAGCCACAGUGCAGCUACAGUUACUGUGGGACUCACUCCCACAGUAACCAGCACUGCUCCAAGGACACCCACAGCGCCAGCAGCUACCUCCCAGGCGCUGCCAUACUGGAUCCUACACAAUAGGAUGCUGCCACAGAACACCACGUUAACAAAACGUAUAAAUUAUUUCCCAAACAGCACAAGUCAGCCAGUGAAGAUAAUAGCCGACAGAAAAUCACACGAAACAAAAAGAAUAAAAAAAGUACUUAAAAAGGCGAAAAUGAUUCAAAUUACAGCUGAUAGGCCGCGAAGACCGUUACUCUCGGCCCAUCGUAUGGCCGAGGGCCACCGCGCAGGAACGAUGGACCUCAACAAGGACUUGUGGCUAUACCGUGGCGACAAUAGCCACGGAUUGAGUCCCGGUCAACCGCUGCCAGUGGGCGUGGGACACGGGCGUGUCAGCGACGGAGCGGUGGUGGGGGCGGGUAUCGUGGCCUCCUGUGUGGGCGUGGCUCUGCUUGUGGGCGGCUUCCUGCUGGCCCGAGGCAGGGGCAAAGCAGGCCCCAUUUGGGAAGCUUCGUCGUACUGGCGGGAAGGGUCGGAUGAGGACGUGGUCAUGGCUGUGGGGGAGACAGGCACGGCGGGCAUGGUCACGGAGACAGAGGGCACGGUGGGCCUGGUCACGGAGACACACCGUGGCCUCAACAACCGCCUGUACCUCCUUCUGCAGCGGGACUCAGCCACAGGCAUCACCCCAGACACGCUCCCGGACCCGCGGGCACACUCCUCAGCUCCCGACUGGCACUGACCCGCCACUCACAAGACUGGUACUAUUACUCCACUCACCAGUCCAGACUGGCACCCUCUCUCUACUUACCACUCUAGACUGGCACUCUCCCUCCACUCUCUCUCCCUCCACUCUCCCCUCCAGACUGGCAAUCUCCCCAUCAGACUGGCACUCUCCCCAUCAGACUGGCACUCUCCCCACCAGACUGGCACUCUCCCCACCAGACUGGCACUCUCCCCACCAGACUGGCACUCUCCCCACCAGACUGGCACUCUCCCCACCAGACUGGCACUCUCCCCACCAGACUGGCACUCUCCCUCCACUUUGCACACCUCUAAAAUAAUCCGCGAAAACCCAGAAGGAAAUUCUGGAUAUGUAAAAUUUUGUACAAACUUUUGUGUUUGGAGUUAAUCUACAUAUUUAAAACUGUUGGCUUGUUUGUGUUUUUGCCGCCGCGUGUUUGUUUCUUGCUCGCUCCAGCAACACACACAAACAUGCAAAUAAAUAUCCGCAGGCAAAUGAUUUAAUUAAUUUUCACGAUGAUGCCUGACCCGUUGAUGACCAUGACCUCUGUGUUGACCCGUUGAUAACCUGGUGUUGACCCGUUGAUAACCUGGUGUUGACCCGUUGAUGACCAUGACCUCUGUGUUGACCCGUUGAUAACCUGGUGUUGACCCGUUGAUGACCAUGACCUCUGUGUUGACCCGUUGAUAACCUGGUGUUGACCCGUUGAUGACCUGGUGUUGCCCCGUUGAUGACCUGGUGUUGACCCGUUGAUGACCUGGUGUUGACCCGUUGAUGACCUGGUGUUGACCCGUUGAUGACCUGGUGUUGACCCGUUGAUAACCUGGUGUUGACCCGUUGAUGACCUGGUGUUGACCCGUUGAUAACCUGGUGUUGACCCGUUGAUGACCAUGACCUCUAUGUUGACCCGUUGAUAACAUGGUGUUGACCCGUUGAUGACCUGGUGUUGACCCGUUGAUGACCUGGUGUUGACCCGUUGAUGACCUGGUGUUGACCCGUUGAUAACCUGGUGUUGACCCGUUGAUGACCAUGACCUCUGUGUUGACCCGUUGAUAACCUGGUGUUGACCCGUUGAUGACCAUGACUUCGGUGUUGACCCGUUGAUGACCAUGACCUCUGUGUUGACCCGUUGAUGACCAUG